AUGGUUUCUAUGAAGCUGGCCUAUACGGCAACGCUGUUUUCGGUCGCCCUCGGGUCGCGGAACAGUGUCCGAGCAAGCAACACAAACAACGGAGGUUCCGACAGCACUUCGCUGUCUGCCAAUGCCAUCCAGUCGGGUUCUUUUGUGGACGGCUCCACCAGCAUAGGCGCGGCUGAAGUUGGCCAGGCUUUGUCCCAGACAUCGCAGAACAACUUUAUCAACUUUUGCUCUGGCCAGACCCUCACGAACGGUCUCCAGAUCACCACAGGCUCCUGCAACGGUAUCGUUAUGGGUCAGAUCCCUGCCAAAACGAAUAUGAUCUCGACCGUCAUUACCAACCCCCAGCUGAGCCAGUCGAUCAAGGCCGGAGUGGAGUUCAACAUCACCGUCCAGACCAAGAAUCUGGUGGCUGGUUCGUUCACCAACGCAGACGCCACGUACUACUCAGCACCUCAGCAGCUUCAGAACGGCAAUAUUGUUGGCCACGUUCACGUUACUGUCCAGGAUCUUGGCAACAGCCUGAACCCUACGACACCUCCCGACCCGACACAGUUUGCCUUUUUCAAAGGCAUCAAUGAUGCCGGCAACGGCAACGGCCUUCUGUCUGCCACUGUUGUUGGUGGCCUGCCGGCCGGAAACUACCGUGUUUGCACCCUGACGUCGUCCGCCAACCACCAGCCGGUCAUCAUGCCCGUUGCCCAGCGUGGCUCGCAAGACGACUGCACCAAAUUCACCGUCACCGGCAAUGGUGGUACUACCAACGUGGCAGCCAAUGAUGGAACCAAUGGUAUUGCUGCUGCUGCUCUUGCCCAGUCGGCUGUCGACGCCGGCCCAGGGUUUACUACCAAGGCUGGCGCAUCUGCAAGUACAAGUGCUGCCAGCAGCAACAACAACAAUAACAACAAUAACAACAACAACAACAACAACAACAAUGCUGCCAAGUCCAGCAGCACUGCAAAAGCCAACACUAAGUCUAGCAGUGCCACGAAGGCUGCCAACACGAGCAAGGCUACCAACGCUGCCAAAUCUAACAAUGGAGGAAAUGCUGGCGGCUUCGGAAAUGCUGGCGGCUUCGGUGGCGGCGGAUUCGGAAAUGGCGGCGGCUUCGGUGGAAAGGCCGGUGGCAAGGGCCCUGGCGGCAGGCUUACACCCGCCCAGCGGACGUUCCGCGAACUGCACGGCGUCGUGGUGUCUGCGGGCCUGAUGCAGAAGACGGUCAAGGUUCGCGUUGGCGGCCGCCAAUGGAAUGCGCAAGUGCAAAAGCACUUUGACAAACCGCAAUCGUAUCUCGUUCACGAUCCCAACGACAGCCUCCGCACCGGUGAUGUCGUGGCCAUCUGCCCUGGCUGGCGCACGUCCAAGAACAAGCGCCACGUGGUCAAGCACAUCAUCGCACCGGCGCAGGUCCCGGUGGAGGAACGUCCCCCUGUGCCGACUGAGGCCGAGCGCUGGGCAGCAGCACUGGCCCAGCGAGCCGCCAAGGACGAGCGACGUGCGGUGAUCAAAGAGGCCCAGGAGGCAGCCGAGGCGGCCGAGGUGCUCUCGUGGCGGUUGCACCGGAAGCAGCAGAAGAAGUUGGCCAAGCUGCAGGAACAGCAGGAGCUGUAA